AUCCCAUUCCCAUCCCAUUCCCUCCCAUUGCAUCAUCCGGAUGCAUCCAUUUCGCCACCUCCGGGCGGGGCCCAUGGGGGGGGGAAGGGGGGGUUGGAUUGCGCCACUGCCAAAUAGUGAUCCACAGCCCUUAAUGGGCUUGCCCUGCCGUGCCCUCUCUUGCCAAAUAGGGAGCAAUGGACCGCAACGGGCUUGCCCUGCCCUGCCCUCUCUUGCCAAAUAGGGAGCCAUAGACCGCAACAGGCUUGCCCGGCCCUGCCCUCUCUUGCCAAAUAGGGAGCCGCCCUGGGAGCGCCGCCGCUGCUAAAUAGUGUGGAGCAACGAAGGGGGCGUGGCCUCAAAGAGGGGGCGUGGCCAGCGCUGGCCCCGCCCCCUCCCUCCCCUUCCCCCCGUGCCCUGCUUGGGACCCGCGGCUACUGGGAGCUACUGGGAGGCACUGGGAGGCAAUGGCGGCCGCAGACCCGCGGUGGGACCCGGGCCGCUGGGCCGCCGCCUCCCUCCGUGCCCGGGGGGCUCCGGAGCCGCGACCUGGCCCCCGCCGGGGCCUGUGGCGCCGCCUGUGCCGCUGCUGCGGGCACUGCUGCGGCCGCACCGCCGAGCGCCGCUGGGAGCCCGACUCACGCGAGGCCCCGGCGCGGCGCGGCCUGCAGGCCGCGAGGCCUGGUCAGCUGAUCCCACUCUCGCUCUCCAUUGGCUGCCCCGAGGACCCCGUGUCCCAUCAUACAGCUGACUUCCGGUGCCCGGUGCUGGUCGUGCGCCGGGGGCAGCCGUUCUCCCUGUGCCUGCGCCUGCCCAGAGCCCUCAGGCAGCCCCAGGACGACCUCUGCGUGGAGCUCACCCUGGGCCCCGCCCCCCAGGUGGCCAAGGGCACGCACGUCCUCAUCCCAUUGGGCGAGAGCUCGGCCACGGGUUGGACGGCGGAGGAGGAAGGGGGCGGGGCCGAGGAGGGGGCGGGGCCAGGCGCUGGCCACGCCCUCCGGCUGCGCGUCACGGCCCCGCCCCACGCUCCCAUUGGCCGCUACCGGCUGAGCGUGCGCACGCGCACCGAGGAGGGGGGGGAGUACGCGGCGCCGUUCCAGGAGCGUCAUGACGUCAUCGUGCUCUUUAACCCCUGGUGCCCCGAGGACUCUGUGUACAUGGAGCCGACCUCAGACCUCAAUGAGUAUGUGCUCAAUGAGACCGGACGCAUCUUCUAUGGCACCGAGGAGCAGAUCGUGGAGCGCUCCUGGAACUAUGGGCAGUUCGACCAGGGGGUGCUGGACGCCUGCCUCUACAUCCUGGACCGCAGGGGGAUGCCCCAUAGCGCCCGGGGGGACCCAGUGAUGGUGUCCAGGGUGGUGUCGGCCAUGGUGAACUCCCUAGACGACAAUGGGGUGCUGGUCGGGAACUGGACCGGCCGCUAUGAGGCCGGCACCAACCCCUCGGCCUGGGCUGGCUCCGUUGAGAUCCUGCUUGGCUUCCACCGCACGGGGGCGCCCGUGCGCUAUGGACAGUGCUGGGUGUUCGCUGGAGUCAUGACCACUGUGCUGCGGUGCCUGGGGCUGCCCACCCGCACGGUCACCAACUACAACUCAGCUCAUGACACUGACGUCUCCCUCACCACUGACAUCUACCUGGACGAGAGCAUGAAGCCUAUGGAGCGCCUCAACACCGACUCCGUCUGGAACUUCCACGUGUGGAACGACUGCUGGAUGAAGAGGCCAGACCUGCCUGAGGGCCACGAUGGGUGGCAAGUGGUGGAUGCCACCCCCCAGGAGACCAGCAGUGGCCUGUUUUGCUGUGGGCCCUGCUCAGUGGAGGCUGUGAAGAAUGGGGAGGUUUUCCUCAAGUAUGACACUCCCUUUGUGUUCGCAGAGGUGAACAGUGACAAGGUGUACUGGCAGCGCCAGCCCAACGGCACCUUCGCUGUGGUGCAUGUGGAGGAAGGAGCCAUCGGUCGCCGCAUCAGCACCAUGGGGCCUGGCUCCGGCGCCCGCCUGGACAUCACUCACCUCUAUAAGCAUCCUGAGGGCUCAGCCGAGGAGCGCCAGGCCGUCUCCAAAGCCACCUCCCACGGCUCGCGCCCCCCCCGCGGCCGCGGCUCCGGCUCCGCGCUCACCCUGGCGCUGGCGCUGGCGGGUCCGGCGGUGGCAGGAGCGGCGCUGGAGCUGCGGGUCAGGCUGCGGAACCAGGCUCCGGAGCCGCGGACGCUGCGGCUGCGCCUGGCGCUGGCUGCCGUCAGGUACACGGGGGUGACGGGGCCGGCGUUCAGGCAGGAGGUGCAUCGCAGGGAGAUAGCGCCUGGACAGGAGGAGGUGAUCCCGCUGUCAGUUCCCUACCGCGAGUACCAGGGUCAGGUUCAGGAGCAGGAUGCGCUCAAGGUGACGGCAACGGGAACCGUGGAGGAGAGCGGAGAGGUCCUGGCCAGGGAGCUGAGGGUGCAGCUGCAGCUGCCACAGCUGACGCUCACGCUCCUGGCUCCGGCAGUUGUGGGGCAGGAGGCCCCAAUCCAGGUCCUGUUCCAGAACCCACUGCCCGAGGCUCUGACCGGAGCCUCCCUGCGCAUGGAGGGGGCAGGGCUGGAGUGUCCCAAGCCCCUGGCACUGGGGUCGGUGGGUGCAGGGCAGACCGUGCGGCUCCGCCAGGCCGUGGUGCCAUUGAAGGCCGGACUCAGGCGCUUGGUGGCCACCCUAGAGAGCCCCCAGCUGGGGCCCUUGCAUGGGCUGCUCUCAUUGGACGUGGCCGAGGGGGCGGGGCCAGGGGGGGGGGCGCGGGAAAAUGACGUCACUACGGGAGCGCGGAAAUAG